GCAAUUAAAGAGAGGGCGUGGGACGACCAUGGGACUCAUACCGUGGAGCCUUGCAGUGGACGUACUGCGCCUGCUGAGCAUCGUAUCCUUUCUCUUUUGCUCUCUCACGUUCACCUGGUACUCUUUCGUGUCGCUCAUAGGCGUACUAGUAUCACUCUAUGUGUUGGACCGAAACAAAUACCAAACGAAACCCAACCAACAGUCAAACACAUCCUCCGUCAAAAAUCCCUACAAGGGUACACGUAGGGUAAAGGAUGAAAGUAAUAUUCCGCCUGAUGUUAGGGAAAAGUACACCGAUCGUAUUCUUGACCUGGUGCUGUAUGAAGUUGAGGAGACCCGGGCACUAAGAGAGUUUGAGCCCAUCAAGAUGAACACUCACUGUAUAUUUGCCAGGAAGUCCAUUCUCUGGGGCUCCAGGGACUAUCACAAGUCACUGUCAGUUGAGGAAAAUGUCAUCAGGUCUCUACCAAUGUUCGUCAAGUUUCUCACAGUAGGGGCCACCCUCCAUUUGGAUGGAUUUGUCUUUGCGCUCCCGGGGGACCUGUUUGGCCAGGAAGUAAACCGGUUUGGGCAGGCGGUGCGCCGGGUCCUAAAAUGCAUCUCCGACCACGACCCGAGGGGUUUCCACUGCAUGAACAAGUCUUACGUCUCGAAAAUUGGCUGGUCGUUCGAAUUUGACGGGAUUCCGGUUUUCGUGACUACGUUUGCACCGUGUUACCCUUCCAACCACGCUCGGUACGCUUUUGGAGCCAGCGAGGCUUUUAUCCUUCUUCAGCCAAUGUACUCAUUUGCAAUCCACGACAUUGGACCAGACACCCCACAUACAAACUGGGACAGUCCCGUUUCAGUUCGGGACAAAAUCAGGGUGGCCUUCAAGGAAAAUGGCAGAGCCUACCAUGUACGGGACACCAUUUUUUACCCGGCGGCACAUGACAUAGUCAAGCCUUUGAAAGAAGGAGUGGGUGACUUGGUUGAAUGGUGGGUUGACCCUGACAGCGUGGAUGGAGAGGAGGAAGAGGAGGGAGAUGAGGGGGAGGAGGGAGAGGGGGAGGAGGGGGAGGAGGGAGAGGAAGGUGAAAGUGGGGAAGAGGGCAGCAGUGGUGAUGAGACAGUUAGCAACGAAAGCAAGAAAAAGCAGUGAGGAUGGACCAGACCAAAACUGUAGUUCGUUUUGUGUUUCUAGUUGUCUGUUUCAAUGAUUAAUUG